AUGUAGCUGAAGGAACUCCUUGGAUACACGGGCAUCAUGGUGAAAAUGAAUGGGUCCAAAUCAUGUCUAUAUUGACACAGAUCCACCCGUAACAUUACCAUGUUUUAAUCAACCAACGAAGCAACAGUUCGGGGAUGGAGAGUGACAUUUUGGACUCCUUGGAGCAGCUCGGCUACGACGGGCCUCUGUUGGAGGAGAAGGAGCUGCUAAGAGCGGCAGACGGAGGCCUUUCGUCCCCGGAGUAUGUGGACCUCUGUCGGUGGUUGGCGUCUGGACUGAAGCCCCUCUGUGGCUUGGAGGAGAGCAUUACAUCUGGACCAGACGACAUGGACAGCCUGCAGGUAGAGAUGAGCGGUUUGCUGAAAGAGCUGUGCUGUCCCUUUGAAGGAGCCCUUUCAGGGAUCCUCCGGGGCAGCACACGGAGCACAAAAGACCACCUGAAGUUUGUCUUGUUUUUGAGCUCCGAGCUUCAGGCGGCUCAAAUCCUGAGCGGCAGAAGAGACUCUGAGAAGCGCCAAGAUGAGAGUCCGGUUCAGCGGGAGCUUUCAGCGAUCUGCGAGACGCUGAAGCUGCCGGAGCCUGGAGGAAGAGAGGCAGCGGAGGUUUUUUCUCAAGUAAAAAACAAGGUGGAACAUUUGCUUCAAGACCUUCCUAAAGGCUUCGUUGGUUCUCCAGUGUUCCAGAAGUCUCUGAGCAGCGAGCAGUGGGAGAAGCUGCACGGCAUCAACACAGUCCUGUCGUCGGAGUACGAGUGUCGCCGCAGGAUGCUGAUCAAGCGGCUGGACGUCACCGUUCAGUCGUUCGGCUGGUCGGACAGAGCCAAGGUGAAGGUGGACAGCAUGGCCAGAGCCUACCAGCCCAAGCGCCACUCUCUGAAGCCUCAGUCCUCGGUGGACGUGGCUGAGCUGUUGGCGGCCAGGGAGGACAUCUGCAACGUGGUGAAGACCAGCAGCGGCUCCAGCCGGGCGAACACCGCCUGCGCCGUCAACAAGGUUUUGAUGGGAAGAGUGCCGGACCGAGGAGGACGUCCCUCCGAGAUAGACGCCCCGCCGCCUGAGAUGCCCCCCUGGCAGAAGAGGCAAGAUGGAGGUGGAGGAUGGGGAGGACGUGGCGGAGGAGGAGGAGGCGGCGGCGGCGGCUGGAGUCAAGGAGGAAGAGGAGGAUGGGGAGGCGGUGGAGGAUGGAAGGGAGGAGGAUGGAACCAAGGAGGACACAACAGACAUGGAGACUAUGGAGGACAUGGAGGGAAGAGAGGACGAUACCAGUAUUAGCAUCUGCUGUGUUUUGAGUUUUCAUUUGAUCCAAAUGUAGCUUUCUACACACACACAACAUAAUCUAACAGGAACGCAGCUCAGUGGAACAAAACACUCAUCUGAUGCCAACCAAUGGGAAACCUUCCCCUCUCAUUUUAUUUUUAUUUUUUUUUAUCAAACUUUAAUAUUUUGUGUUUGUUUUUUUUUUUUUUAUAUAUGUUUUAUGGACAAAUCAGCUGUCGUUACUAGGGGUGCACUGAUUGAUCGGCCCUGAUUUCCUAAUUUUAUGUGAUCGGUCGAUAUUUGCAUGUGAAGCCGAUCCAUUCCAUCAGUCUCAUCUCCCUCCACGUCUGCAGUAGGAGGCCUGAUUUAAACUAUUUAUUUAAUUUACCUGAUUUAACAGCUUAGCCAGCAAAGCUCUAAACGUUUCAUUUUAUUUGAGAACACUACCUCAUGUGCAGUUAAAACGAGUUUGUGUUGUUCAGUGUUUUCCAAUGAAAUAAAGUUAAAGGUGUAUUAUGACCUUAUAACACCUGUCAAGAAAAUCUGUAUCUGCCAGAACUGGACUCAGCAAAGUCUGGCUUUUUAGAGAUCGAUGGUCUGCCAGAAAACUGCAAUCAGUGCAUCUCUAGUCAUUACGAGAUUAUAGGAUAAAUUAAACUAAUGUAAUGUAGCUCCAGGAUCUUAUCUUGGGAGACAAAUAAGACUUGUAGAGCAGCUUUGUGUUUUACUUUGUUCUUUAGCAACACAGUCCUGGGAAACUCAUCCUGGAAUGCUUUUAAGAUGCCAACUGUGUGUUUUACUUUUGACAGACAUAUUUUUAACUGAAGUAUUAGAAGCGGGUGGAUCAGAGGAUCAAAUCUGCAGCGCUGGUUAUCGGUUUUGGACUUUUAAAUAUGAUUUUUAAUUGUCUUUUAUUUGUAUUUAUACAACAACGUCUAAUAAUUGGGUGCACAAGUUUGAAUUUAUGGUGGAUGUUUUUGAAUCUGCAUUUACAUCGCAGACUCAGAUGUACAUGGACGCCCUCUAACAUUUGGCUAAACGUCCGUCAUUAACGAAGCUCCAGUUCGGUUUUUCGACAA